AUGGAGAGCACCCAGGAGGGAGUGGCUGCUGUGGCUCCAGCUGCCAGAUGCCAGGAGUCAGUGACAUUCAUGGAUGUGGCCGUGAUUUUCACAGAUGAAGAGUGGAGGCAUCUGAUCCCUGUUCAGAGGGACCUCUACAAAGAGGUGAUGCUGGAAAACUAUCAGAGCAUCAUUUCACUGGGACUUCCAGUUCCUCAACCUGAUGUGAUUUUCCAGUUGAAGAGAGAGGAUAAACCUUGGAUAAUUGAUCUUCAUGGACCUCAUGAAGGAACAUGGCCAAAGAACAUUUCUCUAGACUGGGAGACUAAGCCCAAGAUUCAAGGUGAGACUCAAAGUGAUUCAGAAGAAAAGUCAGAAGAAAUUUCAGUGGAAAAGCUUGAAAGAAAAAGUCCUCUGUGUACUAAAUUGGAAGUUCAUGCACUAGAAGGUAGGUUGGAAACAGAGAAGGAAAGUCCUACAGUGGAGACUUGUAAGAAAUCCCUUUCCCAGGAGGAAAGCUUGCAGCAAGGGUUAACCAGUCCCAAGAAAAUUCUCACUAAAGACAGAGACCAGGAAUGCAGUGAUUGUGGGAAGACCUUUUUUGAUCAAUCAUCCCUUAUCCGCCACCAGAAGACUCACACGGGAGAGAAGCCCUAUGAUUGUCAUGAGUGUGGGAAAGCUUUUUACAACCGUUCAGCUCUAACUGUACAUCAGCGAGUUCACACUGGAGAGAAGCCCUUUAAAUGCCGUGAGUGUGGGAAAGCUUUCAGUCGUAGGUGCAGUCUCAGCAGACAUUUGAUGUCUCACACUGGGGAAAGCCCCUACGAAUGCAGCACAUGUGGAAAAGCCUUUUUUGACCGUUCAUCCCUAACUGUACAUCAGCGAAUUCACACUGGAGAGAAACCGUUUAAAUGCAGCGAGUGUGGGAAAGCCUUCUUUGACCGUUCAUCCCUCACUCGACACCAGAGAAUUCAUACUGGAGAAACUCCUUAUGAAUGUCAGUGUGGGAAAGCCUUCAGCCAGAAAAGCAUUCUUACUAGACACCAGCUCAUCCAUACUGGCCGGAAGCCUUAUGAAUGUACUGAGUGUGGGAAAGCCUUCUAUGGUAUCUCAUCGCUGAACAGACAUCAAAAAGCUCAUGCUGGAGACCCUCACUACCAGUGCAGUGAGUGUGGGAAAGCAUUCUUUGACCGCUCAUCCCUUACACAGCAUCAGAAGAUUCACACUGGAGACAAACCCUAUGAAUGCAGUGAAUGUGGGAAAGCCUUUAGCCAGAGAAGCAGGCUUACACGGCAUCAGAGGGUUCAUACAGGAGAGAAACCCUUUGAAUGCAGCGUAUGUGGAAAAGUGUUUAGUUCUAAGUCAUCAGUUAUUCAACAUCAACGGCGCUAUGCCAAACAGUGA